GUAGGAAGUUUUACAUGGACUUGUAUGAAUAAUUAAAAAUGAAAAAAAAAAGUGUACUCUCAUUAAAACCACACGCAAAUGACUGAUUUCACCAACUGGCAACUGCCAAUUCAGACAUCAUUCAUCAUUAUUUACUACAACAACUCCCUUUUGCUUGCCUCUCCCAAAAACAACAUUAGCAAACAAAGGACAAAUAUUCUCACAAAACCCAACUCUUGAAGGAAAAAAAAAAAGGGAAAUCAUCCAAAAUGGAUUUGCAAACUCGAACAGUGGACCAACAACAACUAGAAUAUGAACAACAAUCCCUCCUCCCAGGAAAUGGAGAACAAGAAGCUGGGCCCGCUUCUAUUCAACCCAUCAAGAAACGACGCCGUAACAAGGGCGCCGACCGCCACAUCAAAGUAGAAGGUCGUGACAGGCGGAUCAGGAUACCUUUAACUUGCUGUUCCGGUCUUUUCCGGUUGACGCGGGAAAUGGGUCACCGAACCAACGGCCAAACCAUCCAAUGGCUCCUUCAACAAUCCCGGCCCGACUUAGUCCUACCCGACCCCAUGAGCCACCCUAGUCGCGUAAUCGCUUCUUCCCCUGGCUGCAUGGCAAAGGGUCGAGUGAGGGCUACAGUGGUUCAAGCUUCCACUGUGUUCUUUGACACUCCGGCCACACUAGAUAAAGCAGAGAGGCUAAUAGCCGGGGCAGCUGCAUAUGGUUCACAGUUAGUUGUUUUCCCAGAAGCAUUUGUUGGUGGAUAUCCAAGGGGUCUUUCAUUUGAGUCUCUGCCAGUUUCUGCUACUUCAACUGAAGAUAAUGAGGAUUUUCUCAAGUAUCAUGCCUCUGCUAUUGAGGUCCCAGGUCCUGAAGCCGAUAGACUUGCAACAAUUGCUGGUAAAUAUAAAGUUCAUUUAGUGGUGGGAGUAGUGGAGAGAACCGGAUUCUAUCUCUUUAGUACAAUUCUGUUUUUUGAUUCCAUGGGACGGUAUCUUGGAAAACAUCGGAAGCUAAUGCCAAUUGCAUCCGAAUGGGUAGUGUGGUGUUCUGGAGAGAAAUCAUCAUUGCCAUUAUAUGGGACAACAAUUGGGAAAGUUGGUGGCCUUCUCUAUUGGGACAAUAGGAUCCCAUCUUUGAGAACUGAAUUGUAUGCUAAAGGUAUUGAAAUAUACUGUGCACCAACUGCGGAUGCUAGGGAAGAAUGGCGAGCAUCCAUGAUUCACAUUGCAAUAGAGGGCAGUUGCUUUGUUCUAUCUGCCAACCAAUUCUGCCGGAGGAAGGACUAUCCUCCGCCACUCAAAUGCAUAGAUGGAGAUUCAAAUGGUGACUUAUCAUUGGACACAAUAAUGUGCAGCGGGGGCAGUGUUAUUGUUUCUCCAUCAGGGACCAUUUUGGCAGGACCUAAUUACCAAGGAGAGUCCCUUAUCUCAGCUGAUCUAGAUCUUGAAGAGAUAAAUCGAGCAAAACUAGAAUUCAGUGAAUUAGGACAUAGUCUGGAGCCAGAUUCUCUUGGUUGUGCUGCAAACAGACCCAAUACGGUUCUAUUUCCAACAGCCGUGAAAACAGAAGCUCUUGAUGAUUUGUUGUGGUCACCUGGUCUGUAAGGAAACUUAGCUCUAGAAUUGCAUUGUUAUGCUCCUCACAGCUAAGAGCUAGUUUAGACUUUCCUGACUGCCGAUAUUUUAAUGUUUUUGAAAAUGUACAGAGCACAGUUUCUUUUUGUUACCCUUCCUUAUUACAAAACUUGUGAAGUUGCCAACAUACUGUAUAUCCACAGUCGAUGAAUGAAUGGGAUGAAGUCAUUACUAACUGAAAUGCUUCUAAGUGGCAGUCAUAAAAUGCUGCUGUAGUCAUUAAAAUGG